UACAACUGCUCUUGAUUGCCUCCAGGAAUCCUCCUUUGUAUUCUAAUUUUUUUAAAAAAUUACUAACAACGUCUACUCCUCUACUUGAUAAGAACUGUUCAUCUGGGAUUGCCAGUGGAUGCUGUAAUGAUACAUAAUGAUGCUAUAAUGAUACACAAUGAUCAUUAUCUUCCAACCAAAUAACCCCGUUUGCACCAAUAUUUUGAUCCGUGUGGCGUAACAUGGUCUUGCUUAUUGCAAAAAAUGACUUGUUAUUCUCCAGUAUGACCCAGUAUGGUAGGAUCGCAUAGAACCAAGAUAUUUCUUCAUUGGGUCGGUUUGUAAUGCUGAGUUUGAUCUCAGUUUGGUUGACUGUCUUAUGCAAGGCAGCCUCGGCUCGAUUCCUCAGUUGAGAGGAACAUUAAGGACUCCACCACACAUCCCUGUCCUCUGGAGAAGAAACAGAGCUAAUGAUGGAGCUGACCAAUGGAACUACCGUCCAGGAAUUCAUUUUGCUAGGCUUGGAGAGUGGACAACACAAACGUUUCUUCCUUCUUAUUCUUUUUACUAUUAUCUACAUCAGCACUUUGGCUGAGAAUGCCAUUAUUAUCAUGCUGGUGCAUGUAGAUGCACAAUUAGCACAGCUCCCCAUGUAUAACUUUUUGGGAAACUUCUCCCUGCUGGAGAUCUGCUAUGUGACCACUACCAUGCCCCGUAUGCUCUUCGAUCUAGCUUCUCCUCAAGGGAUCAUCACCGUCCAAGCCUGUUUCAUACAGUUUUAUCUGUUCUACUCACUUGGUACCACUGAAGACUUCUUUCUCUCAGCCAUGGCCUUAGAUCGCUAUCUGGCCAUCUGUCACCCACUCUAUUAUCCAUUAAUUAUGUCUCCAAAGAACUGUUCCAAGCUUGUGGCUAGUUGCUGGAUAGUUGGCUUUUUGGUAUACAUUGUGCCAAUAAUUUUGAUCUCUAGGCUGUCUUUCUGUGGCCCCAAUGUCUCUGACCACUUUCUGUGUGAUCAAGCCAUUCUGUCCUUAGCUUGCCCUCCAUUUGGAAAUAUUCUGCAUAUCCUUUUUUUCAUGAAUAUUUUCAUCAUAUCAGGCAACCUAAUCUUUGUAACUAUUUCCUAUGGCAUUAUAAUUGUCACACUGAUCAAAUCCUCUAACCAAAGUAGCAGGAAGAAAGCUUUCUCCACCAUAUCCUUUCACCUCAUGGUGGUGACCCUUUUCUAUGGUUCUGUGGCAGGAAUGUAUGGAACUCCAAGUGGGGGUGGUCAGUCACAGGUCACUAAAAUCGUCACUGUCUUCUUCACUGCCGUUACGCCCUUUCUCAAUCCCAUGAUCUACUGUCUGAGGAACAAUCAGAUGAAGGAGGCCAUAGACAGGUUGCUGAGAAGAAUGGAGGGAUGGCUGAGAAAAAACAUCACAUCGUGAUAAAAGGAAUGGAAAGGAGAAAUCUAAUCAACCUUCAAUACCAGUGUUGUAAAUCCUUUUAGAAAAUUCUCAUUUUUUAAAGUAGAUUUCAAGUACAAGGAACUUAACCAAGAGGAACAUAGGUGUUCUAAUUUUCAGAUGAUUGAUCCAAAUUCUUAUUUACAAUCCUAUUAUUCUCAAUUCAAAAUGCAACAUUAAUAGGGCAAUAAAGGCAAAGGUAAGGGUUUCCCCUGUCUGACUCUAGGGAAUGGUGCUCAUCUCUGUUUCUUAGCUGAGGGAGCCAGUGUUGUCUGAAAACACUUCUCCGAUAAUGUGGCCCACAUCACUAUACGCUGCUGCAUAUGGAAUGUUGCUACCUUCCCCUCAAAGUGGUACCUAUUUAUCUACUUGCAUUUACAUUCUUUUGAACUGCUAGGUUGGCAGGAGCUGAGGCAGGGAUGGGAGCUCACCCUGUCAUGCGACGCUUGGGUCUUGAACCCAGGCUGCCUUUAAACCUUCAAAUAAAUUUACGUCUUUAAA